AUGAGUAGCCGGAAUUUAACAUCGAAUUUUCUCGAAUUUCGAAAUCGAGCGAGUCAGAAUCGAACUAACCAUGCCGAUAACAGUAAAUGGGAUGAUCGCAACCCUUUAUUGAACGAUGAUGAAGAUGAUGAUGUUGUGCAUUUCGAAAGGAACGACGCGUUCUUAUGGAUGGAAUUUCAUCGAAAAAUACAGUCGCAGUUCGGUGAAAUACGCAAUCAAAUUAAAAAAUUACAACAAUUGCAAGCGAAAUGUUUGACAAGACAAGUUUUCGAUGAGGAUGCUCAUAGCGACUCUGAAAUAAGAUUAAUAACGAAAGACAUCACAUCGAUGUUAGAUAAUUGUCAAAUGUCUGUUCAAAAAUUUUCCUCGUUCGCGAAAAAAUCGCAAGCAAACUCUUAUGAGCAACAAUUAGUCUCUAAUGCUGCCCAAGCUACAUUUAAUACUUUUCAGGAUUUGGCCCUAAAAUUUAAUCAAUGCCAAUCGAACUAUGUUCGAAAAUUGCAAUCACAGAAAGAUAAGCUCGAUCAAGUCACAUCGCACAUUGCUAUUGAUAUGUAUGCCAGUCCAUUCGGUGAUAACGAAUUCGAUCAGAUAUCUCUUCUAUCAGAAGUUCAACAACAAUCGGCAUCACCAGUUGACGAGUACACAACAUGGCGUGAAAAAGAGCUUCGUGACACAUAUGAGUCAAUACAGGAAGUGAAUACUAUAUUUAUGAAUAUAUCAACAAUGAUUUCCAAUCAGAAAGCCAGCAUAGAUCAGAUCGAAUGUGUUAUUUGCGACUCGAUUAAUUCAGUUGAACAAGGUAAUAAGGAACUGGUGAAAGCCGUUCAACGUCAACAACGGUCUUUGAAAAUAAAAUUGAUACUUUUUGGAAUUGGUAUUUUUAUUUUAUUAUUUGUACUUUUCAUCAGUUAUAUAUAA